AUGGACAAUGUAGUCUGCGACAUCGCGGAUGACUGUCCGAACGGAAAGGACGAAGAAUCAUGUGACGAUCAGCCCCUGGGAGCUAGAUGUGAUUUUGAUAACGAGAAGUCGUUCUGUGAUGGGUGGACAAUGUUAACGCUUGAGCAAGCAAAGCCUAUCACCGAACAUCUGCUUCAGGUCAAGCGACCAAUGGGAAAUGUUGGACCAAUCCAUACUUCCCGGCCUGGAGGAGUUGAGAUUCUACGCGAUUCAAUCUGGAAUCGACGUCGAAUGGUCACUGUCGGUUGUUCAUCCGUCAUGGGUGCAGAAAGCAGUUCCUUUGAGAAUCCCCCUGGAAGAAGAAGGGAAGAG